CUCCGCAGGCAGGCUGCGGGCAGAGGACAGCUGACUCCUCUCUUGGACUGCCUCUCACGCUCUGUGUGUGCUUGUAGGUCUCUCCUCUACGGGAGGGGAGGAGAGUUGUUCCUCUCCCUCCUUGGAAAACGCCCUCUCCAGGAGGCUCCAGUAGGAGCUGGUGGGAGGGAGGGAGUUCUGACAGCACCGAAAAUGUUGUGGAGUGAAAAAAAACAAACAGGGGGCAACUGACAGAAGAGAGAACUCGUCCUCGGAUCCUGCUUUUUGCAACAGGGUAAACUCAGUCUCUGGAAGUGCUGUGGGAGCUGCCAGGAGGCAAAGAUGAGGUUCAGAGCCGCGGGAGCAGGGACUAACGGGAUCCGGCUGACCAUGGAGAGCGCCCUGACGGCUCGGGACCGAGUGGGGGUGCAGGACUUUGUCCUGCUGGAGAACUUCACCAGCGAGGCAGCUUUCAUCGAGAACCUGCGGAAGCGCUUCAAGGAGAACCUCAUCUAUACAUACAUUGGCUCAGUGCUGGUGUCUGUGAAUCCAUACAAAGACCUGGAAAUCUACAGCAAGCAGAACAUGGAGCGAUACCGUGGUGUCAGCUUCUAUGAAGUCUCUCCUCACCUCUACGCUAUUGCCGACAACUCGUACCGCUCCCUGCGCAUGGAGAGGAAGGAUCAGUGCAUUCUGAUCUCCGGGGAGAGCGGCGCCGGCAAAACGGAGGCCACCAAGAAGAUCCUGCAGUACUACGCCAUGACCUGUCCAGCCAGUCAGCAGGUGGAAACCGUCAAGGACCGACUGUUACAAUCCAAUCCCGUCCUGGAGGCCUUUGGGAAUGCAAAAACCCUUCGGAACGACAACUCCAGCCGAUUUGGGAAGUACAUGGAUGUGCAGUUUGAUUACAGGGGGGCUCCUGUCGGGGGCCACAUCUUGAACUACCUCCUGGAGAAAUCCCGAGUCGUCCACCAGAAUCACGGGGAGAGGAACUUCCAUAUUUUCUACCAGCUGCUAGAAGGAGGGGAAGAGGAUUUACUGCGAAGGCUGGGCCUCGAGAAGAACCCCCAGCAGUAUCACUAUUUAGUGAAGGGUCACUGUGCAAGGGUCAGUUCCAUAAACGACAAAAAUGAUUGGAAGAUAGUGCGAAGAGCCCUGUCCAUUAUCAGCUUCAACGACAGCGAGGUGGAGGAUUUGCUGAGCAUUGUGGCGAGCGUGCUGCACCUGGGCAAUGUACAGUUUGCUGCUGAUGAACAAGGAAAUGCUCAGGUCACCACAGAGAAUCAGAUCAAAUACCUGGCCAGGCUCCUCGCGGUCGAGGGCUCUGUUCUUCGAGACGCGCUGAUCCACAAGAAGAUCAUAGCAAAAGGGGAAGAGCUCAUCAGCCCUCUGAACCUGGAGCAGGCAGCCUACGCCAGGGACGCGCUGGCUAAGGCGAUAUACGGCCGCACGUUCUCCUGGCUGGUGAACAAGGUUAACAAGUCUCUUGCUUACAAGGAAGGAGAGUUUCCAGGCUGGAGAAGUACAACAGUCCUAGGAUUGCUUGACAUCUAUGGGUUUGAAGUUUUCCAGCACAACAGCUUUGAGCAGUUUUGUAUUAAUUACUGCAAUGAAAAACUGCAGCAGCUCUUCAUCGAGCUGACCUUGAAGUCAGAGCAAGAGGAGUACGAGUCAGAAGGAAUCGCGUGGGAACCAGUUCAGUAUUUCAACAACAAAAUAAUUUGUGAUUUGGUGGAAGAGAAGUUCAAAGGCAUCAUUUCUAUUCUGGAUGAAGAGUGCCUGAGGCCUGGGGAUGCCACAGACAUGACCUUCUUGGAGAAACUGGAGGAAACUGUGAAGAACCACCCUCAUUUUGUCACGCACAAACUCGCUGACCAAAAAACUCGCAAGUCGCUGGGGCGGGAGGAGUUUCGGCUUCUGCACUACGCUGGAGAUGUCACCUACAGUGUGGCAGGUUUUCUAGAUAAAAACAAUGACCUUCUCUUUCGGAACCUGAAGGAGACCAUGUGCAACUCUGAGAAUCCCAUCAUAAAUCAGUGUUUUGACAGGACAGAGCUGACAGACAAGAAGAGGCCAGAAACGGCAGCAACUCAGUUUAAAAACAGCCUUGCCAAGCUCAUGGAGAUCCUGAUGUCCAAAGAACCUUCCUACAUCCGCUGCAUUAAACCCAACGAUGCCAAACAGGCUGAUCGAUUUGAUGAGGUCAUCAUCCGACACCAAGUGAAAUACUUGGGGCUGAUGGAGAACCUCCGAGUGCGCAGAGCUGGCUUUGCCUAUCGAAGAAAAUAUGAAGUGUUCCUGCAGAGGUACAAGUCUCUGUGUCCAGAAACAUGGCCCACGUGGGACGGGCGGCCCCACGACGGGGUGGCUGUGCUGGUGAAGCACCUGGGCUACAAACAGGAAGAGUACAAAAUGGGCAGAACAAAGAUUUUUAUCCGAUUUCCCAAGACCUUGUUUGCAACAGAAGAUGCCCUGGAAGUGAGGAAGCAGAGUCUGGCAACAAAAAUGCAGGCCACGUGGAGAGGCUUCUACCGGCGGAAGAAAUUCCUGCACAUGAAACACUCAGCAAUAGCCAUCCAGUCCUGGUGGCGGGGAACCCUGGGGCGCCAAAAAGCAGCCAAGAAGAAGUGGGCAGUAGAGACCAUCAGAAGGUUCAUUAAAGGGUUCAUGUGGCGGGACCGGCCUCGCUGCCCCGAGAACGAGUACUUCCUGGAUCACAUCAGGUUCUCCUUCCUCAUGAACCUCAAGAGGAAUUUACCCAAAAAUGUUUUGGACAAAUCAUGGCCAACUCCUCCUCCAUCACUCCGUCAGACAUCUGAGCUCCUGCGACAGCUCUGCAUGCAGAACAUGGUCUGGACCUACUGCAAGAGGAUCAGCCCCGAGUGGAAGCAGCAGCUGGAACAAAAAGUAAUUGCCAGUGAGAUUUUUAAGGGUAAAAAAGAUAACUACCCUCAGAGUGUUCCUAGGCUCUUCAUCAACACUCGACUUGGUAAUGAAGAGAUAAAUGCUAAAAUCCUUCAGGCUUUAGAAAAUGAAGCAAUUAAGUAUGCAGUCCCUGUGGUCAAGUAUGACCGGAAAGGAUACAAAGCAAGGUCACGGCAGCUGCUCCUCACCCAGAGCGCAGCCAUCAUCGUUGAGGACUCCAAAAUCAAGCAGAGGAUCGACUAUGCCAACCUGACAGGCAUCUCCGUCAGCAGCCUGAGCGAUAACCUCUUCGUGCUGCACGUGCACUGCGAGGAUAACAAACAGAAGGGAGAUGUUGUGCUCCAAAGUGACCACGUGAUCGAGACACUAACCAAAACAGCCAUGCAGGCAGACAAAGUCAACAACAUCAACAUCAACCAGGGCAGCAUAAAAUUCACAGUUGGGCAAGGCAAAGAAGGCAUCAUUGACUUCAUAUCAGGAUCAGAACUGCUCAUAGCCAAAGCCAAGAACGGCCAUCUAACAGUGGUUGCUCCUCGUUUGAAUUCUCGAUGAUAAGACGCGCCACGGCGAGACCUUCUCCUCCACCAUCUGACUGUACCCUCUCAACUGGGCUGGACAUCCUUCCCAGCACAACUCCCCCUCCCUCCUCGCUUUGCUCAUUUUGUUUAUCGUUACCAAAGACCUGCACUUUCAGACAAAACACAAAAAAAAAAAUACAUUUUGC